AAUUUUUUAAUUUCUAUUUCUAUUUCAUCUCUAUUUCUCUUUCGGUUCCUGUUCCUGUUUCGGUCCAUAUCUAUAUCCAUUUUCAUAUUCAUCUUCACAUCCAAUUACUUAAUCAUUCAAUCCCUUCCCUUCCCUCCCCUUCCCUCCUCCAUUCGUUACAUCCUCCACCUCUCUUUCUCCACUGUCAACGAAUCUAUCUCCACUGUCAUUGUCAGUUUCACGGUCACUUCCAUCGUCGUCAUCACCAUCAUCUCGUCACUCUCGCUUUGGUCCCUUUUCUUGUUUCUCUCUUCUUCCUCCUUCGUAUAUACUUUCCCAUUUCUUUUUCAAUUCCCCAUAUAUUCUUCAUAACUUCCCAUCGCCUCGUCGAGAACGUACGAUCGUCAACCAAAUUUGAUCAGAUCGACCUUGGGACAAAACGUCUCGCAUCAUUUCCGACGCUCUCAACUCCAUUUAAUCUACCCACGGAGAUUUCAAUCCUUGGAUUUGAAUCACCUUUAUCACGUCAAGAUCCCUCACAGAUCAGUGAUUGAUCGAAUCCCCUUAUCUUCGAUGAGAUCGUGAGGUUGAUCUUGGGCCCAGUUUUGUAAACAGAUCUACCCCGUAAUACGACUUUUGGGAAAUCUGUUCAACGUUUCUUCAACUUCAGAUCAACAUCCCGAUAUCAUGUCGACGCCAAUUCAGGAGAAGGAACAAUUCUCCUUCCCUGCAUUUCCAGCCGAUCCUCACCACACUCACCAUCAGGAACCUUUUCGCCAGGAACGUCGCUCGUCUGAUGAAGAUGGAACUUUGGGAGAUGAACAUCCAUACGAAUAUCAUCAUGACCAUCAUGACCAUCAAGAUCAACACGUCGACAACAAUCACUUGAGGGUUGCCACGAGUUUUUCCCAUGACCCGGAAUACUUGAGCAAAAGAGAUCAAUCGCCUUUGUCUGCCGCUGCACAAAGAGAGCAGUCACGGCGACUUGACGAUGACCUUGAAAUGCUUCGUGUAGAACGUGUGAUAUCGAAUGAAGAAAAGGGUGAUGGCAGCAGUAUGGGUAGAUCAAUGAGGUCGAGAUCUAGGGGGCCUAAUAGAGAACCUAUUGAUGAUUUCGACGUUGAUACUACCCCGAUUCACGAGAAGACUAAAAUAUACAGACCACCAGCACAUCCGGCCACAGCACUUGCAAAGUUCUUUAAGAAGGUUCACGGCUCUAGUGUCUUAGUUCGAUACUUUGUCUACAUCACGCCGUUGACGUUGCUACUUUUAAUCCCCGUUUUAUUUGGGCUCUUUCUUUUUAAAAGGGCUACGGUCGGAGGUGUUAAGCUCUUCUGGUUUGGUAUUUGGUUAGAAAUUGUUUGGUUGACAUUAUGGCUUGCAAGAAUUAUUGCCAAAUGCAUUCCUUAUCCAAUGGGUCUUGUUUCUAGCUUAUUCACAAAUAAUAACAAGAAAUGGAGAGAUCUAGGGAAAUCACUAGAGGUACCAGCAACUCUGUUCUUUUGGUGGCUGGCUGUUGAAAUUUCCUUUCUCCCAACCAUGAAGAACCACCAUCUUAAUGGAGACAGGACUACUCGCAGCUGGGAAAAUACCUGCAACAAGAUCAUUGUAUCUGUGCUUGUCGGAGCCACCUUGAACUUCGUCGAGAAGAUCAUCAUUCAACUCAUUGCCAUUAGUUUUCACUUGCGAACAUACGCCGAUAGAAUCGAGAUCAACAAAUUUCAAAUUCAGAGUUUGGUCAAGUUGUACAAGUAUUCCAAGGAAAAGAUUCUCGAGAAAGAUGAGGAUUUCGAGGACCGUAGUGGGAACGCAGGUGUUAAAUCGGGGGCUCGUACUCCAAUGGCUUAUGUCAACAAGGCUCAGAAAAACGCGAAGAAUGUCUUUACCAAGGUUGGUGAUGUAGCUGGUAAGGUGGCUGGAGAUUUUACGGGAAGAGCUGUCACAUCAAGUACUCAUCCACAUCAAGUAAUUCUUCAACUUCUUAACACGACAACCGGAUCUCAAGUACUUGCUCGAAGACUUUACCGAACCUUUGUGCACGAUGACAUGGAAACCAUUCUGGCAGAGGAUCUAACACUAGCUUUUGAUAACGAAGAAGAAGCGGAGGCAGCAUUUGCCAUGUUCGAUAAAGAUUUGAACGGUGACAUCUCGAUGGAGGAACUCGAAACAGUUUGUGUUGAAAUUGGACGAGAACGAAAAGCGAUCACCGCUUCCCUCAAGGAUCUGGACUCAGUCGUCAGCAAACUCGAUGAUAUACUCUUGUUCAUCGUUGUAGUCAUUACCAUUUUGGUAUUCAUCUCUUUGAUUUCUACUUCUGCAUCUGGUGUCUUGACAUCAGCUGGUUCGUCUGUCUUGGCUCUUUCUUGGUUGUUCACCGCAACUGCUCAGGAGUUUCUGCAAUCGAUCAUCUUCGUUUUCGUCAAGCAUCCUUUCGAUGUUGGUGACCGAGUUACGAUUUACGGAAACACUGGAUCCAAGUUACAAGGAGAUGAUUAUUUCGUCAAGGAAAUUUCGCUUCUCUUCACCGAAUUCAAAAAGAUGGAAGGUCAUGUUGUACAAGCCCCAAACAGUUAUCUCAACACCCUCUUUAUCCUGAAUCAGCGUCGUUCAGGAGGUCUCGCCGAAGCUGUUCCCAUCACAGUCAAAUUCGGCACUUCCAUUGAACAACUCGAGCAACUCCGCGAAGAACUCGUCAAGUUUGUUAAAUCCGAAAAGCGCGAAUACCAAGGCAAGAUUAUCACCGAAGUAACAACCAUUUACGAAAACUACUCCAUCACCUUUAACGUCGUCUUCUUCUACAAGUCCAGUUGGCAAAACGAAUUAUUGCGUCUCCAACGUCGCAACAAAUUCAUCAUCGCCAUGAUUUGCGCAAUGGAAGAUAUAGGAAUCCAAGGUCCACGCCAACGUCUCGCAGGUUUCACUCAAGAAAACCCCGUUUUCCUCAAUGGCGCCUAUCCACCUCCCUACAACCCCAACCCCGACCCCUCAGAUUUAGGAUCCGGACCCGGUCCCCGCUCGGGAUCUCUCGCCCGCGAUAACCCACACAUGGGCGAAUACGAACCUCAAACCGGAGCCCAGCACGCCCCAGGCGUAAAUACACACCCCUCCAUCCUCCGCCGUCGCACCUCGGGCUCCCAAUCCAACGCCCGUCGCCGCGGCGAAUCCCUCUCCGCAAUGAACAAACGCGUCGACUUCUCCCUCGGCAUGCAAGGCAUGUCCUCCGGCAUGGACCUCGGCGACGUCUUCGACGACAAACCGCGCGUGCGCAUCCCCGACGUAACCUUCACCUCUCCCUCUCCAGGCCCACACUCGCGCCCCAGUCGCGAAGGCCAAUCCCGGGAAGGACAAUCGCGAGACCGCGAGGAGAGUCUCGCGCGCCAAUCGACGCGGGAAUCCCGCGACUCGCAGCUCGCAAAGGUGACUUCGGCCAAUAGCACGCGUACCCAUCGCAAUCGAUUUUUCUCGCGUGGCAGAGGGAAGUUUUCCGGGGGUGGCGGUCCCGUCGAUGAGGACGGGACGAGUUUGGAUGAGUUGGAGGCGGGGUUGCAUUCGCAGGGGAGAGAUAUUCACAGUAGCGAAUUGAGAGAUAUACCCGAAGCAUCGGGAUAUUCGACCGCGAAUCCGAGUCCAGGGGGGAGAAUUGAUCCGCGGUCCGGCGUGGUGAGUUCGCAGGCGGUGCAGAGUGAUGGUGGGAGGGAGAGGGGAGAAUUACCGACGGUGGGGAAGAUUGGGGGACCGCCUCGACGGGCUUUUACGGGGAUUUAGGUUUGGCUCGGUUUGAGACGGAGAGAGGAAAGAAGGAAGAGGGAUUGUGUAUAGUAUAUAGGGACUCGAGAGGAGAGGCGAGGAGAAAAGAAAGUCGGAUUCAUGAUAUUUAGCGGGUGCGUGCAUAUAGACGGAAGAUGGUAUUUGAUUACGAGCAAGCGAGCGUCGAGCAUAGAUAGCGAGGAACGAGAUUAAGAAGAAGUCUAGUAAGGAAGAAAUCCUACAGACGGGUAAAUUCAUGAUGGAUGGAUAAAUGGAUGGAUGGAUGUAUUAGAUGAUUUUAGCAUUGGCAUUGGCAUUUGCCUGGUAUGAUAGACGAUAGAGAGAAGACACUUGGGUCAGGUCAGGUUAGGUAAACAGGGGCCUCGUACCUACAGAGCUUAUAAAAGUAAUGAAUUAUCUUAAUUUCCACC